AUAAUAUAAAUUAAUAAAAGCGCGCAUCGUAACUGCCUCCGUGGCGCAAUUGGCUAGCGCGUUCGGCUGUUAACCGAGAGGUUGGUGGUUCGAGCCCACCCGGGGGCGGUUAAUCCUUUUUUUGUUUUGUUUUUUUAUAUGCUUUAUUAUAUUUAUCCAAAAAAUAUAAAAUUAUAUUAAUUAUUUCACAUAAAAUUAUAUUAUAUUAAACAAGAAAGAAGAUUUGUGCAAUUUUAGAUAUUUUUCAUUGACUGGUUAUAUUGUAAUGUAUUUAAUUUCCGCCACGAUGAAGAAUGGCGCUGUAGUCGGUUUCUCGUGUCCCCUUCUCGUAUAGGAUCCAUUUUUCUUUAUCAGCGCAUGUACGCCGCACGAGGAGAAAAGUGAUUAAUUCGAACUAGAAAGACAUCGUUUAUUACAUAUUUUGUAUAAAAAAUGGCAUCACAGUUCUUCAACCGACUAGGUCAAUUAGGAUUAGGAAUGAGUCUUGUUGGUACCGCUGUUAGCACUGCAUUGUAUAAUGUCGAUGGAGGACAUAGAGCAGUUAUUUUCGACAGAUUUGCUGGUAUCAAAAGUCUUGUGGUAGGAGAAGGAACACAUUUUUUAAUUCCUUGGGUACAAAAACCUAUUGUCUUUGAUAUACGUUCAAGACCACGAAACGUUCCUGUUGUUACCGGGAGCAAGGAUUUACAAAAUGUGAACAUUACACUUCGUAUUCUCUUUAGACCAGUACCUGAUUCGUUACCUAAAAUAUACACUGUUCUGGGUUUUGAUUAUGAUGAAAGAGUACUACCAUCUAUUACAACUGAAGUUUUGAAAGCUGUUGUUGCACAGUUUGAUGCUGGAGAAUUGAUUACUCAACGUGAAUUAGUCUCUCAAAAAGUUAGCGAAGAUUUAACUGAAAGAGCUUCUCAGUUUGGUCUUAUUUUAGACGAUAUAUCCAUCACACAUUUAACUUUUGGAAAAGAAUUUACACAUGCUGUAGAAUUGAAGCAAGUCGCCCAACAAGAAGCAGAGAAAGCUCGUUUCUUAGUAGAAAGAGCUGAACAACAAAAGAAGGCAGCUAUUAUUACGGCUGAAGGUGAUGCUCAAGCUGCUAGUUUAAUAGCAGAAUCUCUUGGAAAUGCUGGCGAUGGUCUUGUUGAACUUAGAAGAAUCGAAGCUGCCGAAGAUAUCGCAUUUAAUUUAGCAAACUCUCGACAAAUAACGUAUUUACCAUCUGGACAAAAUGUACUGCUGAACUUACCACAGUAAAGAGAAAGUAUGAAAUGAGCAGUAUAUAUAUAUAUAUAUAUAUAUCUAUACAUAUAUAUGUAUAAGUUAAGCAUUUACAUCGUAAAGAAAGGCAUUUUGGUGUUGAUAACGUAUUUGAAUGUGGCAAAAAAUUCCUUGCAAGUGUUGCAUAGCAGGAAUAUAUAGAAUUUCAUAAUACUUUAGUUAUUUUGCAAUUUGUAUUGUUUCUUUUUUUUAUAAUUAUAUAUACUCCUAUUCCUUUUAUCGAAUAUUGUAAAUAUCUUCCAAAAAAAUCUUUCUGUAUCGAAUUAAUAAUCUGGCCUAUCAUAUUUGGGUAACUAUUACUUUAUUUUAAAUAAUAGGAAAUAGUACAAAAAAAUUAUUCGUAGCAAAGAAAUAUUUUUUCGUUAUUUAAAAAAUACGAAUCACAUUAGAAUUACAAGAAUGAUAUUAUCUUGAAUCGACUAUUUUUUCAUAGUUUUGAUAUUCAUCGAUUAUUUAAAGAUAACUCUUGGAUACUGAUAGCAUCUUUACAUAAAUAUUUUUCAUAGUUUUAGCAAUUCUCGAAUUUUGUUGUAUUUGUAUAUUCAAAAGUAUUGUGAAUAAUGAAUGAAACAGGACUAAUAACACAGCAAUAUGCACACUGUUAAAAACUAAUUUGGCAUAAGAUCUACAUAAACAAGUCAUUUUCAAUUUGCCACUUUUGAAUAAAACCUAAGAGCAUGUUGAUAAAAUAAUAAUUGCGUAUAAAAAAUUAUACACUUGUUAAUGAAUAUCACGCUCUUAUAUUAUUGUUAUAAUACUGAAAUAUUCCUUUGAGAUAAUUUUGAUAUUUAUUAUAUAGUUUUCAUACGAAGCGUUCAUUCUCAAAAAUCUUAUUGCCUUUCUCACAUUCAAUAUGAUAUCUCUUUAAUUACAAGGUUCAUCGAAUGCUUCAUCUCCAAUUAAAUAUUUCUUCUCUUAAGAUCAUAAAGUUAGAAUUCUUUUACACGUCGAGAAGGUCGUGCACCGUUGUUCUUUGAUCGCUUAUUGCGACCGGUCGUGCAGCGAAUCACGAUGAUCAAUCAAGCAGCCGAAAUUGAUGAGAGAUUAUCUCAGUCGGUGUGCUUUCGUCUCGCGUCUGUCGGCAGAACCUGUUAACAGAGAAAACAAUCCAUCACAAUUUGCCGAUCACCGCGGGGUACCUUACACAGGUGGUCUUCGGUAAAAAUUCGAGUCAUAUCCAAGGAAAUUUACCGUAUAUCGUAACGUACAUAAGCUUCUGUAUAUAAAAUAUUCAACAAAUAUGAGAAAAGAUAUGAAAUUUA